AUGGUGUCAAACAAAAUUAACGAAACUACAGUAGCCAAACUGAAAUCCAACUACGAGCUACUUUACGACAGCUUGAAAUGUGCCCAGACUUCUGAGAUGCGGCUUUUGGGAGAGGCAAAGAGAUGUCGGGCCGAGCUGGAGAGGCUUCGAGUCGCGGUAGAGGGUAUGGAGAAGCAGAGUAGCUCUGAGGAGCCUGACAGUGAGGUCAGUGAACUCAGGCGACAGCUUCUUCAGGCAUACAACCAACUGAGAGCAUCUGAGGAGAGAGAGUACGAGACGCAGCAUGAACUGAAGUGCCUCCAGGAAGAGAAGCAGUUUCUGGAGAAAGAGGUUCAAACAAAACCUGCUAAUCUGGAAACCGAAACAAAGGCCUUGAAGGAUAAGUAUGAGGAUCUGAGGAACGAGGUGGCCCAGAGACAACUGGAUGUCAGAAAUCUAAUGGAAGAUGUGGAAGCACAUGAAACGCUGAUAAUAAAAGAACAGGAAGAGCUGGAAGAAAAAAAGAAGAUUAUUGAACUGAAAGAGGUGGAAAAAGCUGGGCUCGUCAGCAUACCUGAUCAGAUAAUAAAGGAGACGGAGAGAAAACGCUCAAAGUGGGAAGUUGCAAUGAAGAAGAUGGAAGCACUAAAUAUGGAGAUUUUAGAAACUCAGCAGCAGAUGAAGGUGGUGGAUGAGCGUAACGAAUCCCUGAGGAUGAUGAGGGAGGAGGUGAUUCAGAAGUUAGAGGAUAUCAGAGAACAAAUAGAGGGGUGUCAGAGGGAGCAGAGGGAGCUUCUGAAGGAACAGGAGGUCAGCAGAGAAGAGUCGGCUCAAAACAUGGGCAACAGAGGUAUCUUAGAACUGAAGCUGCAGAACCUGAUGAGUGACAGAAAGCACCUGUAUGAGAGGCAGUCUGUGCAGCUCAGGGAGAAAAAUAGGGAGAUGCAAUUGCUCAAAAGGAUGGAGCAGGCACUGACCAUUGCCACUGAGCAGCUCGGACACACACAGUCCAUCUACAGUAAACUACAAGCACAGCUAGAAGCUGUUCCCAAACGAGAGGCCAGCAUUCGAAAAAGGGUGGAGCUUCAGAAAGAGGUGGACGCCCUCAACGUCAGCUUUGAAAAACAGCAGCUUUCACCGGUUGAGCGGGAAAGCCAGAAGAAGCAGCAGUACGGGAUGGUUCAGGAGCUGCUCAGGGAAUCAAACCGCCUCAGAGAAGAGCUCCACAACCUCAAAUGUCUAAGACAGAUCAAAGCAGAGGAGAGAGGCCAGAAGCACCGUGAACUGCUAAGAACAGAGCAACUGACCGACCGCAUCCAGCGGGAGCUCGGAGAGAAAGACCUGAUCAUCAUGGACCACAACAAGCGCAACGCAGAGCUACAGCGAAGAAUAACACAGUAUUCCAAACUGUGCGAUAUGUUCACGGGAGAGAAAAAUAAGUAUGUGAGACUGAAGGACGUUGCCUCGCAGACGAUCGCAGAAUUGACAGAGCAGAUUAAAGUGCUGGAAAACGAGAUGGAAAUCCAGCGCGCCAUUGCUGUCAGCAAAGACAGAUCUCUUACUAAGGCUCGAAUGAGGGUUUCUAAUAGCUCCAAAAUGAGGGAAAAACUACGUAAUGACAUCUCCAAGGUUACCUGGAAGCAAAGUCAAAUCAGUGAACAGAGCAAAGACAACAAACUAGAACUAAUAAAACUCCAACAAAUGAUUAAACUUCAGGAGGAGACACUUCUGGAACUAAACAGAAGUCAGGAAACUGUCAUCCAGCGGCGCAACUUUCUUGGAGUCCAACUCUUGGAACAGGACAAAGUUUUGUUCAAUUACCACAAGCAGAUAAACAACCUGGAGGCAGCCAUCACUAGGGGCAAAGCAGCGCUGGAGACCCUGGAAAAGAACAUGAGAGAAUUACAAUUAGAGACUAAUGAGGAGAGAAGACAAAUAGAGCAGAAGAAUAAGGAGGUGCCUCUGAAGAGAAAACUGGAGGAAGAGAUCAUCGUGCUGCAAAUACAGUUGUCAGAAGCCAGGAACAAGACCCUGGAAAGUCUGAACCGAACAGUUGGCUACAAGGAGCUAAAAGGCGAAGAUCCAUCAACUGCAGAGCUCAUCAAGAAAGUGGAGCAGCUAGAGGUGAAUCUAGCCAAGCGCGAGAGGCAGACGCUGGAAAAACAACUCCUGGUGGAGCAGGUGACCCGGCUGUCGAAGCCGCUCGGGGAGCAGGUGGAGAACUGCAGGCAGGAUAGCCUAACUCUGGCAAAGAAGCUGAACAAGGUCCGAGCCAACAUAUUCAACACAAACUACCGCAUCAUGGCCGUUUCUGCUGAACUCUCCGUGAAGCAAGCAGCUGCUUUGUCUCAGCAGCAACAGAUUAAAGAGAAAGAGUUUCAGAUGGACAGAUGCCAACAGCGGCUGGAACAGGGCCUGACGCCUUUUCCUGAGAUAGAAGAGGAGCGGAGGAGGAUGCUUCGGGACAAGAAGAGAAGACAGAGGAACAAAGAGGAGAGGCAGAGGCUUGCUGAGGAUAAAUGGAGACUGUUGCCAAAUGGAGUGUACACCACUGCUGAAGCCCGUCCCAACGCAUACAUCCCCCAGAACGGCGGUCUUCCUCUGCCCAAACCCUUCGGCGCUUACGCCCCCUUUAAGCCGUACUAACCAGGAGCCGACGUGAGACACACCAACACGCAAACCCUUGGAGAUGCAAUAAACAUCACACUACUAACAUUCCAAAAAGGAGAAAUUGAAGGGUAUAUUGCAUAA